CAGAGGGGGAUGUGUACGUGCUGAGGGCUCUUCUCCGCGGGGACAGGGCCGUCCCUGAGGGGACAUGGCGUGGGCGCAGGGCCGUUCCAGGGGUGCAGUGUGGGGACAGGGUGGUCCCUGAGGGAUGGGGACAAGGCAGCUCCACAAAGCGGUACGGUAUCAGGACAAAGCUCUUGCCCAAAGGGAGGUAUGGCUUCAGGAGAAGACUGCUGCUUGGGCAGCUGAGGAUGAGGCAGUUGGCGUUCAGCUGCUUCUCAGUGUUGCUGUUGAGGGGCAGAAGCUUUGGUCAUCACUGUGGAAUUCCUGGUAUGAGAAAGCAGAGCGUCAGGGUAGAGAGAGGAUCCUUGCUGAACUGCUGUAAUCAUGAAGACAGUGAUUUUAAUUGUCCUAAUCAUCUUCACUUUGCUGUCUUCAGGGAAGAAAUUCCGAUGGUGCACCCUUUCUGACCUAGAGCAGAGAAAGUGUGCUGAACUGUCCAAAGCACUUACGGCUGUGCUUCCCCUUGCUACUGCCAAUUCGUUUGCUAGGAUUUCUUGCAUCAGAGCCCACAAUACAUAUGACUGCAUUGAUAAAAUCAGGGUGAAUAAAGCAGAUGCUGCCUCCUUGGAUGCUGGAGAUGUUUACUCUGCUGUAAAGCUCUAUGGUUUGACAGUGGUGGCAAAGGAGAUCUAUGAUCAAGGAAAUUGCGUGUUUGCUGUGGCCAUUGUCAGACGAGGAACUCUGGAUAUCCAGAGGCUACGAGGUGCACGCAGCUGCCACAAUGGAGCCAGGUGGACAUCAGGCUGGAAUAUUCCACUUGGCUUUCUCCUUGCAAGAAAUGAUCUUUCCUGGGAUGAGGCGCAGCCUCUGAGCCAAGUAAUCAGUGAGUAUUUCAAUGCAAGUUGCAUCCCUGGUGUUGGUGUUGCUGCUCCUCAACUGUGUGCUCUCUGCCAAGGACAAAAAUCCUAUGUCAGAGACAAGAACCACUUCUGUGAGACAAGCGGUAACGAACCCUUCUAUGACUCUGAGGGAGCCUUCAGGUGCUUGAAGAAUGGAGUGGCAGAUGUUGCCUUUUUAGAUCAUUUAACAAUUAUGAGUGCCACAGAGUCAGAACAACAGGAAUAUGAACUCUUAUGUCCUGAUGGGACUACAGCUGAGCUGGCUGAAUACAGCACCUGUAAUUUGGGCAAGGGACCUGGCCGUGGUGUCGUCACCCGCCACAACUUCCAAAAGAUCACCAACAAAUUUCUUAGCAUGGUCCAACGCCUCUUUGGGAGAAAAGGAAAGGAAAGAGCCAGGUUUGAACUCUUCACUUCAGCACCCUUUGGGGGAAAGAACCUGCUGUUCCGGGAUGCCACUCAGCACCUGCAGCUUCUUGAGGAGCAGCUAGAGAUUGCCUAUGUCCUUGGUCUGGAUUAUGUAGCUCUCCUUAAGGGACUAGGCCACGAAGGGAGCUCUUUGGACAACAGUGUUGUGCGCUGGUGCUGCAUCAGUGAUGCUGAGCUUCGCAAAUGUGAGGAGUGGGCACUGAGCAUCAAAUCUGACCCAUUGGUCUGUGUCCAAGCAACUUCUAUGACCAAAUGCAUUGAAAUGAUCAAGAGUAGUGAGGCUGAUGCGGUCACCCUGGAUGCAACACACGUCUACAUUGCAGGGAGGUGUGGAUUGGUGCCUGUAGCUGUAGAAUGUUAUGGGAGAGAUUGUGCUCCAGCUGCUGAGAGCUCAGAAGAAACAGGGAAACUAAUUCAUCUUAAGCAUAAAGCACUGCCGCCUGUUUAUGCUGUUGCUCUCGCUAAGAAAAACGCCAAACAGAUUAACAUCCAUAACCUUAGGGGAAGGCGAUCCUGCCACAGUCACCUGUAUAGUCCUGGAGGAUGGUUAUUUCUUUCCAGAUACACAGUGGGAGCUCUGGAGAAUGAUACUGAGAACUGUGACAUUGACUCUGUUUAUCAGAAUUACUUUUGGAAGGGGUGCAUGCCAGGAGCAGAUGGAAACCUGUGCAAGGUGUGCAUUGGAGACAGUGAGGUGGAAGGUGCUCGAGUAUCUAGCAGAUGUGCUGCAAGUCACAACGAACAUUACUAUGGCAAUAUGGGAGCCCUCAGGUGCCUAGUUGGCAAUCCCAGUGGAAGAAGCUUUGGAGAUGUAGCUUUCCUGGAACACUCUAACCUACUCCAGAACAUAAAGAAUUUGGACAGCUCUGGCUGGGCAAAAGGUUAUACCCCUAUUGACUUUGAACUCUUGUGUCCGGAUGGAACGCGUGCUGCAGUCACAGAAUGGGCAGGCUGUAACCUUGGCCCCAUUCCCCCCAGCACUGUCAUGACUCGACCAGUCACUGUCACAAAAAUCUAUGACUUUCUAAUGAAAUCUCAGGAAUCUCUGGGAAGCAAACUGGAUUCUGAAUUCCACCUCUUUCAGUCGUGGAAGUAUGGUGGAAGUGAUCUGCUUUUCAAAGACACUACUCAGUACCUUGUUCAUGCAAGUCACAUGAGCUAUCAGGAAAUUCUUGGAGUGUCUUUCUUUCAGCUGGCAGAAUUGGUGUUUAAUUGUACACCUGCAGGCAUCUUAGACUUCUGCAAACAGGAUAUCUGUAAAUCUUCAUCAAAUGACAGCUAAUACAGAGACUUUGCAUGGCAUUUCAUCACCAUCAAUGUUGAAAACAAGAAAAUGUGCAAGUCCAACCGAUCCAAACCAAUCAGCAAGGAGACAGUCACCUCUAGAAAUGUAUGCUGAAUACUCUCAUCUUUUUUUUUUUUUUAAGCAGAUUUUAUGUUUAUGAUAAUGUAAUACUACUUAUAUGUCACCCCUUUCUUGUUUGGAGCAUGGCAUCAUGUGGAACAGCACAGGCCAGUCUGCAUAGCCUACAGCACAGAACUAGGAUCAUCAGUUCUGUACGGCUACUGUGGAGAAAUCAGCGUUUCUGUGGAAAUAUAGCAGGGCCAGUACCAUGGACUAAAAUAUGAACUGUCAUGAGUGUCACGGGUUAGUUGGUAGCAGUUUACCCUGCUUGUCUUAUAAACUGUUUCCAUGUAGAAAAAAAACCAAAUCAGCUGACAUUUUGGUAGUUGCAGCAUUGUCGUCCUCUAUCCAUGAUUUCGGUUGCAGCUAGGGAGGCCUUGCUGAAUACGCGUAUAUGCUAUAGGUUGUAUAUGUAAUUGCUAUCAGUAUAAGUAGUCUUUUCUGCUUUUAACUGGGAAGAAUGUAUUUGCUUUUUUAACCAAGGAUUUAUACUAGUAAAUCAAAAUAUUUUUAUCUCACAAAUUAAUGUAUUAAGGCAUCUAAUAGCCAGCAGAACUGGAUGCUUGCAACUUUAAGGUGAAGGAAAGCAAUGGAUAUUCAUCCCUGUCAAAAAUGUCAACCAUUACUUUGUAGUAUUUUGGCACUUUGAUUCUCUGAUUCUGUGAAGUGUCAAAAGAUGAUUUAUUGAUUAAACAGCAUUGGUUUUACAAGCAGAAACUGCCUGAACAUGAUAUGGAGUGUUUUGAACAGAAUGUAUCAUGUAUUCAUUUUUUACUUAGAUAAAGUUUUUGGGUGGAUGGCUCUUCAUGGGCAGGGCUCAUUUCAGUUUGCAAGAGUGUUAUCACCUUCUGCUCCCAUGUACCCUGAACCAGGCAUGGAUAAGAUUUUUAAUUUAAAAAAAUAAUUUAAAAAUCCUUCACCCAAAACUUUCCAGUCCUUGCUACAUAUAUUGUAGCUCUAUUUACCUCUGCUAGCAAUAAAUGAGAUGCAAA